GGUUCUACUCUCAUCGGGGCUUUGGUCUCAGCCAUGUUAUACGGAAUAACAAAUCUGCAGACUUAUAUAUAUUACAUGCACUAUGAUGAUGCCUCGACCAUGAAGUUCCUGGUUGCUGCCAUAUGGGUUUUGGAUACCCUACAUUUCUCGUUCAUGUGUCAUACGGUGUACUACUACCUGGUGAAACUAAUGUGUUUAAUCCUUGUAACCGUCCUGCUCAGUCCCUGCAGAUAACCAAUUACGGCGUUCUGACGAGUUUGGAGUAUAUUGUGUG